AUGUGCAAUCUUAUGCUUGCUUUGCUCAUCUUCGUGUUGGGUCUUUCGUCCCUGGAAGUCUUGGCUCAACCUUUUCACACUCAAGUUACGUCCCUCCACAGGGACCCCAACAGUUCCCUCCACACCAUCACCCUCACGCUGAACCCGUCCGAGCAAUAUCUUGUUGAUCUUGACGCCCCUUUCAUCUGGAACCUAUUAUAUUGGACCGCCGGUAGAUCUCUCUCUGAAUACAGGAUACAGUACUUCAAUCGGUAUGUCUUGUCUGCUCCAUCAUCUCUCUUGCAAUCUCUUCCAGCACAAGCAAUCGGUGUUGCUUCAUUGUCGUGGUCCACUCUCUCUCUACUAUAUCAAUUUACCAAAGAUAUCCACGAGAUUACACAGAAAUUCUCCCUUUGCCUCUCGAGCUCAACUGAUGAUCAAGGAGUCAUUUUCUUCGGUGACGGUCCAUACUAUCUUGAACCUCCGGCAAACUUUGAUGCUUCAAGCGUACUUUCCUACACCCCAUUGAUGAAGAAUCCCACAACGCUGGGAUAUUUUAUCGAUGUGACGGGGAUAUCGAUCAACCGAAAGGCCAUUAGGGCUCCAGCGAACAUGUUUGCGCUUGACAAAAAUGGAGGCGUGAAGCUCAGUACUACACUGCCGUACACUACCCUUAGGAGUGACAUUUAUAGUGUCUUCAUAGGAGAAUUCAAGAAGGCUCUGAAAGGCAUCCCUCGAGGGAAGAAGGUGAGUCCAUUCGACUUUUGCUUCAAGACGAAUGUCACGCGACAGAAGAAGGACGAGAGCAUUCCUCGAAUUGAUCUAGUGCUAGGAGAUGGGGGGUACUGGACUAUUCACGAAUCUAAUCUACUGAAACAAGUGGACAACAAUGUAGCGUGCUUGGCAUUUGUCGACGGCAGACACAGGGCGGAGCAUGCAGUGGUGAUCGGGACGUACCAAAUGGAGAAUAUAAUGUUGCAAUUUGAUUUGGUCCAGUCGAGAUUGGGGUUCAGCUCUUCCUUGUCCUCCUUUGGGAGCUCAUGUGUCUCUUCCCAAACCCUAGCCAUCACAAGUUUUCAGCCCAAGGCACUUGUUGUUCCUGUGACCAAAGACUCCUCAACGCUCCAAUACACAACCCAAAUCAAGCAAAGAACACCACUUGUUCCCAUUAAGCUGACCAUUGAUGUGGGUGGGAUUUUCCAGUGGGUGGAUUGUGGAAGUGGGUAUGUUUCAUCUUCCUAUAGGCCGGUCUCUUGUGACUCUCCAAUAUGCAAGGCUUCAGGGUCAGGUGCUUGUGAGACAGAAUGUUACUCUCCUCCUGGACCCGGGUGCUACAACAACACCUGCAGCCACAUCCCUAACAACCCGUUUAGCAGCAUAGGCAUCGGCGGUGGCGAGAUGGCCUCCGACACCACCGUUGUUCAGUCCACUGAUGGGAGGACGGUCGGGAAGGCGGUUGUGGUGUCAGCGGUAGUCUUCACGUGUGGUACAACUUCACUGCUUGAGGGCCUGUCUGCUGGUGCUCUGGGAAUGGCCGGGCUUGGACGAUCUGAAGUGUCGCUCCCUGUCCAAUUUGCUUCUGCUUUCAAAUUUUCCAAAAAAUUUGCCAUGUGCUUGAGCUCUUCUUCAAGCUCCAAUGGUGUCAUAUUCUUUGGUGACGGACCUUAUGUGUUCCUCCCUAAAGUCGAGUUCUCAGGAGAGUCUUUUUCUACAAUGUACACCCCAUUAAUCCUCAACCCAGUAAGCACUGCAGGAUCUUAUUUCGAGGGUAACCCAUCAACCGACUACUUCAUAAACCUCACCUCCAUCAAGAUCAAUGGAAAAGCAGUCCCGCUGAGAGCGGCCUUACUGAACAUCACUCAAGGAAACGGAGGGACGAAGAUCAGCACUGUUAAUCCCUACACAGUGAUGGAAACCUCAAUCUUCAAGGCCUUUGUGAAGGUGUUCAGACAAGAAGCCAUGAACUUGACUAAGGUCUCGUCCGUUAAGCCAUUCAAGUACUGCUUUAGCUCCAAGAACACUCCGAGCACAAGAGUGGGACCAGCUGUUCCGAUCAUUGAUCUGGUGAUGCACAGCAGCAGUGUUUAUUGGAGGAUCUUUGGAGCGAAUUCAAUGGUGCAAGUGAAGGAAGAUGUCAUAUGCUUGGGUUUCGUCGAUGGCGGUUCGAACCCAAGAACAUCCAUUGUUAUUGGUGGCUAUCAAUUGGAGGAUAAUCUUGUUCAGAUUGACUUGGAGAAAGCAAGGCUUGGAUUUAGCUCCUCUCUUCUUUUCACGCAAACUACCUGUUCCAACUUCAACUUCACGGACCUUACCAAAAAAAAAAACUUCAACUUCACGUCAAGCGCGUGA